AAAGGGAGGGGCAGAAAUAGGCUCAGAAGAACUUCAGUGUGUUUUGUCUUCGGCUCAAACAGCACAGGGAGUGGAGUGAGUGUUGGCAGACGCAACCGUUUGCGUCUAAACUAUUUCACCGCUGUGUUUUUCCUCUUCUAAUUCUCCAUUCUCUUUGCAUUAUUUUGGUUUUUGCGGAGCGUGCGUGACAAACCCCUUGUCGACACCAUGGAUAACUUCCAGACCGUCCUGCGCUUUUUCAUGAACCAGAAGGCCACCAUUGGCUACAGCUUCAUGGCCAUCCUGACCAUCGGGGGAGAGCGAAUCUUCUCCAUGGUCUCAUUCCAGUGCCCCUGCAACCACGACCAGAACUUUGCAUACGGCCUGACCUUCCUGUUGGGCCCAGGCCUGGUGCUUCUGGUGCUGGGUCUUUUCUUCAGCAGCAGGCUGUGGCGCCUCUAUACUGGCUGUUGCCUAAACCCCAUUAAGCUAUGCCCCAGGGGCAACUGUUUCGGCUGCCUCAAAGUGUUUGUCAAAAUCUUCUCCGGUGCCUGUGUGGCCCCUAUCAUGUGGCUGUGUGUGGCACUGUUGAACGGGACCUUCUACGAGUGUGCCGUCAGCGGGCUGGAUGAUAACCUGGUGGUGGAUCUGUUCUGUAAAAACAAGACCUUGAUGUGCCGGGAGGAGUUGGCCCGCGUGCCCUGCAGCAAGUCCAAGCUGCCCAGCGACGAGAACAUGGAACUGUUGCUCAUGUUCCGCGCUCAGUCACAGAUACUGGGCUGGUGUAUUAUCAUCAUUUCAGCCGUUCUAGGGCUCCUCGGGACCUGCUACACAAACUGCCGCUCAAAGGUCAGCUACCUGCAGCUCACCUUCUGGAAGCGCUACGUAGAAAAGGAGAAGGAGCAGUUUGACACAUUCGCUAUGGAGUAUGCAUCCAAGCUGGCCGAGAGGAACCUAAAGAGCUUCUUUGAGAACCGUGACCCGGAGAUAUUCCCAUUCCCCAACCACAAGGCCUGGGAGGAGAUCUCAGCCCUCUACACCUUCUCCAAGAGUGAGCAGUGCUACAGCACCCUGCAGAGGUAUGUGGAGCGUGAUGACCGAGACUACAGCCCUGAGAAAAGACCAGUCAUGGAGCUGGAGCACGGCAUAGAGAUGGGCUGAGAGAGGGGCAGACAAUGGCAGAGUAUGAAUUAUAGUAUAUCCUAUUUGUUUUACCUUUAUAAAUGGCAUGCAGUAAAUGCAGUAGAUUUAACUCACAGACUGAGAAGAAGCAUUGUUGCCUGCAUUUCCCCCAAAGCACUGACAUAUACACAGAGCACCAUUCAGAAAGUUAUUACCAGUGACACAGCAGUGAUUUACCAAAGAAUGCAGCCAUUGCAGAAGUGGUGAAACAGUAGGGCUUCUUGUCUGCUGGAACCCACAGUUCGUGAAUGGUCAUGAACACUAGCAGAUGCAAUGUCCCUGUCAUAACAAACACUUUGAUUUGACAAAGUCUCCUCUACCUCUCUUUGACAUGCCUUUGAAGCAUUUCAUUCACUUUACUGGUACAUAAUGGUAGGAGAGCUAUUGUAAUUGUAUAGCUUUAAUUGGGUAUUUUGUGUGUAAUAUUGCACCACAAUAUGAAUGCUACAUGAAUGACAGAGUUGUACCAUGCAAUUUGCUUGUAAUGUUUACCCAACUCAAUGUUUACAUUAUUAUGACAACCUAAGCACCAUAAAGUGUCUUUCUAUGGCAGUACAAGCGAAGCAGCUCACUUUAUAUUUUAUGUUAAUUUGGGAAUAACUCUGCCAUUACUACCGUCCUGUUCAAUUAUUGACAUCAAUAGUAGUCAAUAACUCACACAUUAAGAGGUAAUAAAUCAUGUAUGACAUACGGAUAUUCUCACUGGAUUCUACAAAAACAUUUGUUGAACCUGUUUAUUAUUUUUAUGUUCUCCUUUCUAACAUCUGUAAAAUCCCUACCAUGUAAUGUGUAAGCACUAAAUUAACAUGUACAUAGAACAUUAUUUGGACAUGUUGCAUUAUGCCUGAUUUAAAAAAAAAAAACAUUUUAGGGUGGUGAGUUUGUGUGUAAAAACGGU